AUGGACGACACAGCAUCCGUCUAUGAAACCGCCAUCAUGGGCGGGUCCUCGGACUAUGACGAGGAGGAAGAGCCGGUUGUCGUCCCCACGCCGUCAAACUCGUUUUACACGCCCCUGCCGUCCCAACCUCUGCCUUCUGAGCUCCUGUCCAAAGUAGUCCCCGAGGAGUCGUCACAGCCAGAAGGAGAACCGAGAGAAGACUUGGGGUUGGACAACCCCUCGCCCAUGAGCCUGGCCUCGCCGAGGGACAUGAUACCCCGGGGGAACUACACGCCCAAUCCGGCCGGCACGCUCACCUUCAUCGGCCUCCGGGCUAUCGAACCACUCCUGCAGUCAUACUUACUGUCGCCCAAGAGCCCGCUGUUGAAACUGCUGCCUAAGCUCGGGGUCGCGGUCAUCAACCCUGGGUUGUUGGGGCAGACGCCUACAGGGGAGAUUUUAUCCUGGAUGGGGAGGCUGAGCAGACUCAAACAGGCGUACUGGGCGGGGUUUAUCGCUCGGGAGCCCAUGACGCCGAGGAUGGCGGUUUUCGUCGCGCUGCUGGAGACGGCGGCGAACGCGGUGAAUAGUCUGUUGUAUCUGUUGCCCAAGACGAGCACGGCUCUGCUGAAGGGGGUGAGGGUGCCGUUGUUGGGGGAGGCCGAGCUGCCGUUGCCGGUGUUGGUGGGGAGCCUGAUGUUUGCGGUUGGGUUGGCGGUCGAGACGAUUUCGGAGAGGCAGAGGAGCUUUUUCAAGGAGGAGAGGAUUGCUGUCGGGGGGAAACAGAUUAGAGUCAAUGAGGGGAAGAUUUGUGAUAGGGGGUUGUGGAGUCUGAGUAGGCAUCCGAAUUAUGGGGGUUACGUCCUCUGGAGGACGGGUUUCGGGAUCGCGGCGGGGGGUUGGUGGGCUGGGCUGGGGAUGGGGUUGGCGCAUGCUGGUCACUUUGCGGGGGAGAGUGUGGGAUUGAUGGAUGAGUAUAUGAGCAACCGGUAUGGGGGGGCUUGGACGCAGCAUAAGCAGAGGGUUGGGUGGGUUUUGAUCCCGGGGAUUUAUUAG